AUGGUGUACACUUCGUUGACCGAAGUCCCUCACAACCUCAAGGAGGGCAUUGACUGGCUGUUAGCCCUGAAGGGAACUGAUGGCGAAAACAACUUGAAGGCUAUGGCUGGCGCAGUACACCAUCUGUUCUCAAAACACUCUGCUAGAUAUCAGCAGUUGCCAGCUUUCGAGAAAAUUAAAAGCGUAGCCAAGGAGUUCCUGCAGAAACCGGAGCUAAAAGACGAUUUGCUCGUGAAGAAAUUGCUUAGUAGAUUCUAUACUCCGGAUAGUAGGGAAAAUACAGGGUUUAGGCGCUACUGGCAUUACCACUAUGAUCAGGAUGGACGCGUGGUAGGAGCCAAGGGUGCCACACCUGAAUUCAUCGAGCAGACCUUGAGCAAAUUUAUUGAUGGAUGCGCCAAAAUAUUGGAUGAUAUCAAGAACCCCGAUGAAUAUAAGUCUGCCUACAGUUCAGAAGCGACUUGGGAAGCAUCAUGCGCAAAAGACCCGGAAACUUGCGCAGUGGUACUCGUCGGGAUUGCGCCUAUCUUGUAUGCAGGUCUACAAUCCUUGCGUACUACAGCCGAGUUUAAAGUAGGACCAUUUCACACGCACACAACACAUAGGAAUUUGGGGGACAUGUUGAAAGCCCUGGGUUACGUGGACCCGGAAUGCCGCAAUGGUAUGAAUGGUGCAUAUAUACACGACACUUUUAGAGUGUUGGAUAAUGAUGUAAUUCAUAAAAUGUAUGAUCUUGCCGGAUUCAACAUUUUCUAUGGAUCUGAUAUUGUAGAGAGUCUGCCAGUUGAGCAACCUGUGGAAGCUGCACAACCUGUUGUUGAAGAAGCUUUAGUAGCUGAAAAAUCUGUGGAGCCUGUAAAAGCUGCAAAAUCUCGAAAACCUGGAAUAUUACGUAAACUCAGAAAAGCUGUGAAAUAA